UGCGCUACGGCGAAAGGCAGGUGCCGCGGGCAAGAUGGUUGUCAAAAGUUUUGCUUCCCGCUUCCGUGGCUCCCGGCGCUUUUUGAGUGGUUUUGUGGCCGGAGCUGUCGUGGGCGCUGCAGGAGCGGGGCUUACUGCCGUGCAGUUCCUCCGGAGUCGGGACGCUGAGCCUGCGUUGGCGGUGAAAGAGCCGGACGAUUGUUAGUCCCAUAACCGUUCGGACCGUGUCAGUUUCGUUCUCCACCAUUUACUCAGCCUGGGACCUGGCAGAUAAUUGGCUUCCAGUUCUUCAGAAAAGGCUCUCUUGGAACAAUUUGGAUUCCCAUUAACUGGAACAGAGACAAGGUGUUAUACUAAUCAUGCCUUAUCUUAUGAUCAGUCAAAGCGGGUGCCUAGAUGGGUUCUCGAACAUAUAUCCAAGAGCAAGAUUACAGGUGAUGCAGACAGAAAACAUUGUAAAUUCAAGCCAGAUCCCAACAUCCCUCCAACCUUCAGUGCCUUCAAUGAGGACUACGUUGGCAGUGGGUGGUCACGAGGCCACAUGGCUCCAGCAGGAAAUAACAAAUUCUCAUCUAAAGCCAUGGCUGAGACCUUUUACCUUUCUAAUAUUGUGCCUCAGAAUUUUGAUAAUAAUGCUGGAUAUUGGAACAGAAUAGAAAUGUACUGUCGAGAACUGACAGAGAGGUUUGAGGAUGUUUGGAUAGUCUCUGGACCGCUGACGUUACCUCAGACUGGAAGUGAUGGAAAGAAAAAUGUUAGUUACCAGGUGAUUGGCAAGGACAACGUGGCAGUGCCCUCGCACCUCUACAAGGUGAUCCUGGCACGCAGAAGCCCAGAGUCUGCUGAGCCCCUGGCACUGGGGGCCUUUGUGGUGCCCAAUGAGGCCAUCGGCUUCCAGCCUCAAUUGAGUGAGUUCCAGGUGAGCCUGCGGGAUCUGGAGAAGUUGUCAGGCCUGGUGUUUUUCCCUCAUCUGGACAGAACUAGUGACAUCAGAAACAUCUGUGAGGUGGACACCUGUAAGCUCCUGGAUUUCCGGGAGUUCACUUUGUACCUGAGCACAAGAAAGAUUGAGGGAGCCCGAUCAGUACUCAGACUGGAAAAGGUCAUGGAAAAUUUGAGGAGCUCAGGCAUCGAACCCGACGAGUACUUCAUGACUCGCUACAAGAAGAAACUUGAAGAACUCAGAGCCCUGGAGCAGUCGGAAGUCCUGGAGAGAAAGCCCUCGUAGUUCUUAGCCCAGAAAUGUGACGUCAUGUGCCAUGAAGCAGGUGCGGCCUCUUUAGGCUACUGUGUUUUAGUGGCUCUACUUUAAAAGAUGGAAUCCUAAACUUAAGACUAAAUUUUGGAGUUCCCAUUGUGGCGCAGUGGAAACGAAUCCGACUACAAACCAUGAUGUUGAGAAUUUGAUCCCUGGCCUCGCUCAGUAGGUUAAGAAUCUGGCAUUGUCGCAAGCUGUGGUGCAGGUCACAGACGUGGCUCGGAUCCUGAGUUGCUGAGUGUGGUGUAGGCCAGCAGCUGUAGCUCCAAUUUGACCCCUAGCCUGGGAACCUCCAUAUGCCGUGGAUGCGGCCCUAAAAAGCAAAAAAAAAAAAAAGAUUUCUCUCCCACAGAUGAAAGAUGUCAAAUUUUUUGGUUAGCAUUUUUUUUUUUAUGUGGAAACUGAUUACAUAGGAAACUAACACCCUCAGAUGGUGGUCUAUGUCAGGUUAAGGGGAGGGUUGGGUCUGCAGGUGGUGCUGUGUGUGUCCCUCUGGAUGGAGAGGGUGUGAAGGCCUUUUUUCUGCCUCCACUCAUAAUAGAGUGUCAUUGGUGUACCUGUGCGGCCUCCUUGGAACCCAAUAUUGUACGUUACACAUUUCCUUUUUUCCCCCCCUUUUUUUUUUUUUUUUUUUUAAUGUUUUCUUUCCCUAGGACUUGAGCUGGUCUUAGGGAUGGCGUUUAGAUAUCUUCUAUGUAUUAUGCUGACCAUAUGUAUUGGAUAUUUGUUUCCUGUUUCUCUUCUCAUGGAACUGCUCUUCCUGCACUUCUGUCACAUUUCACUCAACAACUACAUUUUCUGCUCACUUACUAUGUUCUCGAUACUAAACUCAUUGCUUUACAGGUGUUAUGUUAUAACCAACCUCUGAGGUAAAUCUGUCCUUGUUUUACCCGUAAGGAAAUUGAAGCCUGGAGAACCUAAACAUUUUGCCCAAGGUUCAUCUUCCUAAAGAUGUCAUCCACAAGGAAUGAGGCACACAGGGCUAGGAAAGACAGCUUGGGGUGCAUUAAAAUCUUCCCCGGCAUGGAAGCUUCUGACUCAGAAAGACAUCCUGCAGUGGUGUCUUGUGAUCCUGGGGCCUGCUUGGUAAGAGCGGUCUGGAUUUUCUUGUCUGCCAUCAAAUCAAAAGGACUUCAGUAUUCUCUGACUUGAGCCCUCGUUAGUUCUUUGGGAAGAAACAGUCAGGUAUUUGAAAGGUAGAGAAUUGUGCUUUUGGGGGUUUAUCAGAGUUUGGACUUACCUUCAGAAAUGCAGUUCUGCUGGUGACUGGCUGAUGCCAGAUUGAUGAGUCCCUUGCUUUCCAGAGGAGCUUUUUGUUCCAGAGAUUAAGGAACCCAAGGAGGGUCUGUGUUGCAGAUUUCUGGCUUGUUUGCCUUGUGCCUGCCUGUCCACCUGGCCAGGUUGGGUGGUGGUUGGGCCAAAGAUAUUACCUCUGGGGGAAACAAUGGCUCUUUUCUGAGCCUGAUCUGUAGAUUUGGGUUUACGUGGAAUCCUUUCACGGACUAUCAUAGGCAUAGGUGGUAAAACAUCUUCAAAUAGGGCACAGGAAUUUGUCUGAAUGUGUCCUGUCUCUGUUGUUCUUCCAGGUGGUGUUGCAAGAACAAUUUUUGUGGUGUUUUUGUGUUUGUCUAAAGGCUUUAAGUAAGAUGGUAAUUGUUGACCUUGUUCUACUUUGUUUGGGUAAAUAAGAAGUUGGGGGUAAGAACACCAUAGCCUAAUCACUAGCAGCCUGUGCUGUCACUCUGUUCCUCAUCAGCUUGUGCCAGUCUUCUUCUCAGGGGGAAAAAGCUAAAAUGUCACUGUGACCAGAAAAUCUGUGACUUUCUCUGCUCUCCUUGUUGGAGAGGUGAUGGUGGGGUCUCGAUGUUUUUCCAGAAGCCCGAAGGCGGCUCUUUAUGCAAAGUUCUGGGUACCUGCCCCCACCUCUAGAGGUGAACCCCAUCUGCUAUCCUCCAGCCGUGUCACUAUGCUCCCCUCUGAACUGAAUUUCCAGCAGCCUUGUAGUUAUUCCCAUGCUGUUUUCACUCCUGCAUCUCCACAUCAAUGGUAGAGAAUUUUGAUUCUUUAAAAAAAGAUUAUAUUUUUUAUUAAAGUAUAGUUGAUUUGCAAUAUUGUGCCAAUUUCUGCUAUACAACAAAGUGAUUCAGUUUUAUAUAUAUUCUUUUCCAUCAAGGUCUCUGGCAGGAGAUUGGAAAUAGUUUCCCUGUGCUGUACAGUAGGACUUUGUUUUUUAUCCAUUCUAAAUCUAAUAGUUUGCAUCUGCUAACCCCAAGCACCCAGUCUAUCCCACUCCCUCCCUCCUCCCCCUUGGCAACCACAAG